CGGGUCAAUCCAUCUCCACUCCGAAGAGUCUCUCUCUCGUCUUUGGACCCAAACAGUUUCAAAAUAACACCAAAAAUUAAAUUACAGACGCGCCGCCGCGCGAGAAAAAUCUCCAGCCACUUUAAUGGAUCCCGUUUACAAAACCGACGAGAAUAGCACCGCUGAUGCCGCCGCUCUUCUUGCUCCGCUUCCAACUCCCCAACUGCAGGAGUAUUUUAACAAGCUUAUAACUAGUAGAGGAUGCAAUGAAAUUGAAGUGAAACACAAUGGUACCACUGGGAAAGGUGUUUAUGCAAGUUCAGAGUUUCAAGAAAAUGAACUCAUUCUGAAAGAUGAGAUUCUUGUUGGCAUCCAGCAUUCAUCCAACAAGAUGGACUGUUUGGUUUGCAGUUUUUGUUUCCGGUUCGUUGGAUCAAUCGAGAAACAAAUUGGCCGGAAACUCUAUUUUAAGAACCUUGGUCUUUCUGGUUGUUGCGACGGUGAUUCAUCAUCUGGAAGCGAAGAAGAUGAAGACAAUGGAAACGAGGAACAAUGUGGUGGAAGCAGUUCAAGCCAUCAUACUCUUCCAAAAGGAGUUGUUAGCUCUCUGAUGAGUGGCGAAUUGACAUUGCCGCUAACUGAUAAGUUCCCUUUGCCUUCGCCUCUUUCGUGUCCUGGAGGAUGUCAAGAGGCUUUCUACUGUAGUGAAUCAUGCGCUGAGGCAGAUUGGGAAAGUUCUCACUCUUUACUUUGCACUGGUGAGAGGUCUGAAUCAAUAUCUAGAGAGGCGCUUGGAGAUUUUAUAAGACAUGCUAAUGAUACGAACGAUAUUUUUGUCCUGGCUGCCAAGGCGAUUGCCUUUACCAUUCUAAGGUACAGGAAGUUGAAAGCAGCGCACGUGAACAAAAAAGCAAAACAGAGUGAGCCAAAUCAGUCGCUACUCUUGGAGGCAUGGAAACCAGUAUCUCUUGGAUACAAAAGAAGGUGGUGGGACUGCAUCGCAUUGCCAGAUGAUGUUGAUCCUUCUGAUGAAGGAGCCUUCAGGAUGCAGAUAAAGAAUCUUGCAUAUACGUCUUUGGAGCUCCUGAAGUCGGCCAUAUUUGACAAAGAAUGUGAAGCCCUUUUCUCCCUUGAAAUCUACGGGAAUAUCAUUGGCAUGUUUGAGCUGAAUAACCUAGACUUGGUGGUAGCAUCACCAGUAGAGGACUAUUUCUUGUACAUUGAUGAUCUUCCUGAUGCAGAAAAGGAAGAAGCGGAGGAAGUCACGAGACCGUUUCUAGAUGCUCUUGGCGAUGAGUACUCUGACUGUUGCCAAGGAACGGCCUUCUUCCCUCUGCAGAGCUGUAUGAACCAUUCUUGUUGCCCUAAUGCAAAAGCCUUCAAACGAGAAGAGGACAGAGACGGACAAGCAGUUAUAAUUGCUUUAAGACGCAUCAGCAAGAACGAAGAGGUGACGAUUUCAUAUAUAGACGAGGAGCUUCCGUACAAAGAGAGACAAACAUUACUUGCAGACUAUGGUUUCAGUUGCAAGUGCUCUAAGUGUGUGGAAGAUUCUUCAUCAGUUUGAAGACUAAAUUUUUAUGUUUUUAAAAGAACAGAGAAACUGUCAAUUUUGCCUUUAUAGUGAUCAGAUCACUGUUUAAUCAAA